UGUUAUUUUCCAUUCACACUUAUGGAAUCACUUAGAAAACAAUAUGUCAAGGAAGUUCAUGAACGGGACAGACUGAAACGUGAUAUUGAGAUUUCCCAAUCUGUCAUUUCAAAAUUAUCCAGUGAUAUCAAUACACUGUCAAAGGAAGUGGAGACUUAUUAUUUGGAAAAGAAAUGGGGUCCUGAUGGAACCGAGAAGAAGGGCGUAGACCCAGAAACAGAAACUCUGGCCAUAGUGGAACAAAUGAAAGGUUCUCCUGAGCUUGUGGAAGACGCUGUCAAUUCACUACGACAAACUCAAGCAAAGCUCAACGCUGAAAUUACUGAGGUCAAGUCAGAACUCAUGAAGCUGCGAGAGGGCAUGUGAUACCAAGAAAUGUUAUUUAUCACUUCUUGACUUACCACGGUUGAAGACUAUCAUCAGAAAGUUGAUUGAUCUAUUUGUGGUCUGGUAUUCAGAAUCUAAGCUACGUUACAAAGAUCACUCCACACAUGAUGUACACUUCAACCGAAUCAUAUUUAUUUUUUUAUAUUCAGUUAAAAGAAAAAAGUAUUUACAUUUUUAUUACAAAGUUAUUUUGUACACCACUCCCAUAGUAGACAUAUGGCAAGAGACUCAAAUAGAUCUUAUGGAAACUGAAACGAUAUGAAAAGUAUUGUGACCUACAAAAGAUGACAAGUGAUUAUGUUGUGUGGAAUUCUCCAAGCCUCAACUGAUUUCUGCCAUUGGUGGCGUUGUUGAGGGAAGAAUAUUUAGCAUGAGAAAUGUGCGAUGGGAUGUAAUUCUGUUAAAAUUAUCUGAAUAAAUCGCAAAAAACAAAGUAAAACAAA